AUGCAGCGACGAGUUGAAGUUAAUGGACGCGUCCCAAAGCCCGCUCUGAAACCCUAUCCUAACUUCAAUGCUGACCACGACGCUGAAGUCCUGAAGAAGGCUAUGGAUGGUUUGGAGAACCUUGACAGUGAACUCAGUGGCGAUUUUGGAGAGUUGGUUGAUCUGCUCUUCUUCACGCCUGCUCAACUAAAAGCCGAGAUCUGCUACAAGGCCAUCCGCGGCCUCGGUACAGAUGAGGAUGCUCUCAUCGAGGUUAUUUGCACGUCAAAUACCGAGGAACUCAAGGAGCUGAAAGAGGAGUAUGCCAAAGGUGCGUUAAAUUAA